GCUGGCUGGCCGCCGCCGCGCGUUCCCCGGGUCGACCCGCCGUCGCGCCCUUGUGGCCGACGGCGCGCGCCCGCCCUCAACGAGAGCACCCCCGCGACGCCACCGCCGCGACACCAACAUAACAAUAUUCACAACGCAGGUGUAUGGCAUAUGUGCCUCCUCAUUUAAGACGCGCAGACUCUGGUCCCCCCGCCGAGGGGGGUCAGGGCGGUGCUCCGAACAACGGCGCACAGGGACGCGGAAACUAUGGCAACUACGGCGCGGGCGGCGGCGAGCCCCAACAACAACAGCAGCAGCAGCAGAACAACGGGCCGCCCCAGCGAGGCGGCGGCGGCGGCGGCUCCUUCUUCGAGCGCGACCAGCAGCGCCGCGAGCCGGCGCAGUUCCAGCAGAACUCGCGCUGGGCCGGCGGCGACGUUAGGGGCGGAGGCGACUACCGCGGCGGCGGCGGUGGAUAUGGAGGCGGCGGCUACGGCGGCGGCGGCCGCGACUUCGGUCGAGGAGGAGGUAGGGACUUCGGCGGCGGCGGCCGCGGCGGCCGCAAGAACGAGUUGGGCUUCUACGGCGACAUGCGCCCGAACGAGCGGCUCGAGAAGAACUUGUUCCCGGCGAAGGACCAGACGCAGGGCGGCGGCGGCAUCAACUUCAACAACUACGACAAGAUCCCCGUGGAGAUGUCGGGCGAGGACUGCCCCGAGCCCAUCGAGGGCUUUCCCCUCGAGGUGUUCGGUGACGCGCUAGCCACGAACUUACAACGGUGCCACUACACGAAGCCGACGCCGGUCCAGAAGUACGCCUUACCUGUUGGGUUGGCCGGUCGCGACAUGAUGGCCUGCGCGCAGACGGGGUCGGGCAAGACCGGUGGUUUUAUCUUCCCUGUGCUCGUCGCAUUAUGUAGAGACGGCGCGGCGCAGAUCGCCGAGGACAACGGUCGAGGCUCGCGUCGCUCGCGGGCCCAGCCGAACGCUCUGGUCUUGGCGCCUACUCGCGAGCUCGUCUCGCAGAUCUUUGAUGAAGCGCAAAAGUUCUGCUACUUGACGGGUGUCCGGCCGGUCGUGUGCUACGGCGGGGCGGAGACGCGCGGGCAGUUGCAGGAGCUCGAAAGAGGUUGCGAUUUGCUCGUGGCUACGCCUGGCCGCUUGGUCGACUUCCUCGAACGUGGUAGAGUGACCUUGGCGGCGUGCAAGUUCCUCGUGCUGGACGAGGCCGACCGCAUGCUUGAUAUGGGCUUCGAGCCCCAGAUUAGACGCAUCGUCGAGCAGGAGGACAUGCCCCAGACCGGCCAGCGCCAGACGUUCAUGUUUUCGGCGACGUUUCCCAGGGAGAUGCAGAUGAUGGCCGGCGACUUCCUGAACGAUUACGUGUUCUUGACCGUUGGGAGAGUGGGAGCUGCCUGUAAGGACGUGACGCAGUCCUUCCAGUUCGUCGACGGACGGGAUAAGCCCGAGGCGCUCAUGCGUUAUCUGUCGAACGUCGACCAGCACGGCCUCACGCUGGUCUUCGUCGAGACGAAGAGGGAUGCGGACUUCCUGGAGGACGUCUUAUGCAGGGAGGGCUUCCCCGCGUCGUCGAUUCACGGCGACAAGACGCAGAGAGAUCGAGAAAUGGCGCUCCGCGACUUCAAGAGCGGCCGCACGCCGAUUUUGGUCGGUACUGAUGUAGCUGCCAGAGGUUUAGAUAUUCCGAACGUGCUGCACGUCAUCAACUUCGACCUGCCGCGCCAGAUCUCGGACUACGUCCACCGCAUCGGCCGGACCGGCCGCGCGGGCAAUACGGGCUUCGCCAUGUCGUUCCUCUGCGACAAGAACCGCAACAUCGUGAGGGAGCUCAUCGACCUGCUCGUCGAGAACGGCCAGGACGUGCCGUCUUGGAUGGAGAACAUGUGCGCGUACAGCGGCGGCUUUGGGGGCGGCGGGCGCCGCGGCGGCGGCGGCGGCGGCGGCUACGGCGGCAAGGACGCGCGCCAGGGCAUGACGAAGCGCAUGGGCAACGCGGCCCACGGCGGCGGCGGGUUUGGUGGCGGCGGCGGCUCGCGCGGGCCGCCGGCGCGGGACAACUCGGCCUGGUGA